AUGGGGUCGGAGAUGGGAGUCACCCCCGACUCCAAGCCGCAGGCCGUGUAUAGCCCCGUCAGCAUCUUCUGGGCCUGCUGGUGUGCAGUCUGGACGACCGCCGUGCUCUGCGGCAUGGCCUUCCUCAUUAUUCGUCGUGAUUCUCCCGUCAUUCGCGUCCGAGGCCUCUGGCUAUCGCUCGCGGCCGUCUUGUUUCUGCACGCGUACUGGGCGCCGGUUCAGUUUGGUGUUAUGAUCGGGCCCAUCAUGCCGGGCGACGCGCAGUACUGGAUCAUGGGUACCUAUCUGCCCAUCGGCAUCGCCUUGUUCCACGCGUCCAACGCCCGCUUCCUCCACGUCGCCAAGCUCCAGAAGAAAUAUAUCCGCCCUGGUAGCAGCUACGAUGACAUGCCCGCGCACAUGCAGCGUCGGCCUGGGUUGAUUGUUCGCUUCAAGCGUCUCGACUAUACCAACAAGACGCUCGUUGUUGUCGCUAUUGCUAUUGUCAUUCAGCUGUUCCUUACAAUCCUUAUGUGGUUGAUCUCGCGCAAGUGGCAUCCCUCGUGGGGUAUCCCCGGCACCGAGGUGCAUGGAACCAAGAUGCAGCAGUUGUCGGCCAUGGGUGCCGGCUGGGAAUGGUGGGCUACCAUCGUCGGACAGUUCAUCUGGGCGUGGAUCGUCGCCCCCAUCGUUCUGUGGAAGGCUCGCCACAUCCAGGACACCCAGGGCUGGCGCGUCCAGACGAUGGCCUGUGUCAUUGCCAACCUUCCCGCUACCCCCAUGUGGCUCAUCGCGGUCUACGUGCCCGGCUUCGAGAAGGUCAAUGCGGUCUGGUUGCCUCCGCAAUGGAUCUGCCUGUCCAUCAUCGUCAUGGAGAUCUUCACCAUCUUCCUCCCCUGCUGGGAGGUGAUCCGGCACCAGUCGCUGCGCAAGGAGACGCUCGAGACAAUCGCCGAGUGGGAGGCCAAGACCAAGGGCAAGGGGUCCGAGGCGAAGUCCGUCAGCGACGCGACGACGAUGAUCGACUCGAUGAUUUCGGGCUUCAAGUCGACCAACGCCUCCAUCGACAGCAAGAGCUCGCGCGCCAGCAUCCUGACCAUGGGCGCGCUGGAGCACGUCCUCGAGCGCAACCCCACACCGCUGCUCGAGUUCUCCGCGCUGCACGACUUCUCCGGCGAGAACAUCGCCUUCCUGACCAGCGUCGCCGAGUGGAAGAGCAGCCUGCCCAAGCCCAUCCGCGACGGCACCGCCGCCCCCGACGACCCCAACACCCGCGAGCUCAUCCGCGAGCGCUUCAACCGCGCCCUGCAGAUCUACACCGAGUACAUCAGCGUCCGCCACGCCGAGUUCCCCGUCAACAUCUCGUCGCAGGACCUGCGCCGGCUGGAGGGCAUCUUCGACGCCGCCGCCCAGACCUGCUACGGCGACCAGGUCGAGGCAGACCCAGCCACCCCCUUCGACAAGUUCACCUUCGACCCGCCCUCCCCGCGCCACUCGGAGAGCUCCGAGCAGCCCAUCAAGCAGCCGGCGUCCGCGCCGAAGUACUGGGGCGAAGUGCCCGAGAGCUUCAACGCGACCGUGUUUGAUGCCGCCGAGGAGAGCAUCAAGUAUCUCGUGCUCACCAACACGUGGCCCAAGUUUAUCAAGAACCGCCGUAUCUCGGCGGAUUCGGCCAAUACCCUCAAGCCGGAGGAAUACGAGAUGGCUUAG